AAACUGAAAAGAUAGCAUCGACGAUCCGGCACAUGGUGAUUCGGACACCGAUUUACGAACGUUUUACGUGUCACCGACGUGUUGUUCUUCGGCGUUGAAGAAUUUAAACGAGUCGUCACUCGAUGACAAGGCAAUUAGGCGUUGGACAGAAGAAGAGGAGAGUGAAUCAGUGAAUAGGGAAAAUGAUGUUCACCGGUGGUGCCCACGCGAAGAGGCGCAACGCCGGCGGUGGUUCCAGCCGGAGGACCUCCGCGGAUCGUAGGAGCCCACAGACUGCUCGCGUGGCCGCGGACGGAUACACUUACAGAACCAGAAUUCCAAUACUGAAUCCAACAGACCUACCACCGACAACAUCCACGGGAAGAACGUACGUAUACAAAACUAGGGUUCCUCGAAGGGAUCUCGCGGUGGCAGCCUUGUCACCUCCUCCUGAAAAGACACACAACGUCGGUGGAGCAAUUACGAAAAGAAGGGGCGCAGUGAAACAGAACAAGGUGCACGUGGUUCGAGGUCACAGGCUAGUCGCAAAAUUCUUCAGACAACCGACCUUCUGUGCCUUCUGCAAGGAUUUUCUCUGGGGAUUCGGGAAGCAGGGAUACCAGUGCCAAGCCUGCCAAACGGCGGUGCACAAGAAGUGCCACGAUAAAUUGCUGACCAAGUGCCCGGAGAGUGGCAGAGAAUCAGAGAACACGAUAUACUUGAGGGAGCGUUUCAAGGUAGAUGUACCUCACAGGUUUCGUCCUCACACGUUCAUGUCACCGACCUUUUGUGACCAUUGUGGUUCCAUGUUGUAUGGUUUGUUCCGACAAGGCCUCAGGUGUGAUGACUGUGACAUGGCCUGUCACAAAAAGUGCGAGAAACUGACCGGGAACCUCUGCGGACUGAACCAGAAGCUCGUGGCGGAGGCCCUGCAGGCGCUCAAGAAAGGUGAGCUAUCCGUUCCAACUCGUUACAAGUAGCAAUCGACGAAGAAAAAGAAAAAAAAAAAAAAAAAAAGCCAAAGAGACUUCCCUCCUCUCCAAACGAUAUCUUCUUUUCCUCGUGCAAUUUGAUCUUGAGCGUUGGCCGUGCAGCGAGACUUGGCUGACCCAAGGUGCGCAUUCGUCUGCGUUGCUAUCAUAAAUCCAUUCACUCCGGCCAGGUAGACGAUACCAUGAUUUCAGCAAAAUGGAGUUACAUCACCGUUAAAUCGGUCGCCGGUGCUUAUACACUGUUACAAUCCUCCUGUCUGUACCCUAAUCCAUCAUUUGUGUCGCGUUGCUCGCGUCAGCUCUAUUUUUGCGAAACGCUGGUCGGCCAACAUCCAGCGUGCUCGCAUUGCCAGACCCGGCAAUCGACAAUUAAUGCGCUUAUUAAUCGAGAUUUGACGAAACGUUCGGGUGACCAGAGACGUUCCUUGGCUCGGGGAGAUCUCGGGAGAGAACCGUUCUCCUCCAACAAAUAGAGAGCCUCGUUCAAUAAUAGUUGCUUGUUAAGCAUCAGUAAGUAUCUUUCACGUCUCGAACGAACAAUUUUCAUCAGCUGAGACUGCACUGCAAGUAUUUCAAUGUCGUUUAUCUUAUGGUUAACAAAAACGAGGCUACUAACCACGACUGGUGUACAUUGGGUUGUGUGAUUGGUUCGUUCGCCCCAUAAUGUUCACAUUUCAGAUCAUUAUAAUUGAAUUGUACAAUAGAAUUACAUUCAAUUACUUACUUCUUUCAUGAGACAGUAAAUUUUCAAUUUUUAUUACAAUUCCGUUCCAAUUUAGAUAUACAAGAUUGUAUAUUAGUAUUAACUAUCUCAAUGAACAAGAUCCUCAAGCUUGAGAUUGCUCAACUCAUUUCAAACGAAAUAAUUGAUUAAAUAAUAAAAGAAAAAUUGAAUUAAAUGAUCUUCUCUUCUAAAGAGGAGCAAACGAACUUAUUACACAGUCCAGUAGAUCUUUCAAUUGGUUUUACCAAUACAUUAUUUUUAUUUCGACU